AUGGCUACUUCAUUGCCAGCCAGAUCCAUCACCAACAGUGAAGGCGAUGCCCUUCCCAACCUGCCCAGUCUUUCGUCCAGUGCGGACAUCAGGGAGGCUGAUUGUCCUGAGUGGCAGCAGUCCAAUCACAUCAAAAAGGAGGAGGAGGGGUUAUGUAUUAAAGAGGAAGACCAGGAGAAAUUCACCCAGGUUUGGCACCCUGAUGUAGAGGAUCCGUUUUGUCCGCCUCGCAUUCGGAAGGUGGAGGAAGAGCUGCUAUAUAUCAAAGAAGAAGAGGAGGACAUCACCAGCUUGAAAAGUGUCCUCUUGACGUGUGAAAAUGGAGGUCCAUUUAAGCUGAGUGGAGCGGAGGAGCCUCCGAGCAGCAUCUUAUCAGAAGAUGACAAAGACCACGGUGGAGAAACUUCAGCAGAUGACAUCAUAGGACCUAUAUUAGACAGUGACACGUCACACUCUUCUGACUAUGAUGAUGAUGAAGGGUCUGAUGGUCAGAAGAAUAUAGUUUGCGGUCAGACAUUCUCUAAUAAGGGACAUUUAAAUCGUCACGCAAGCAUACACUUUAGUGAGAAACCGUUCACCUGCUCAAUUUGCGGUCAAAGAUUCUCUCUAAAGGAAAACUUAACUCGUCACGCUAGUAUACACACCGGCGAGGAACGCGAAAAGCCUUUCACCUGCUCGGUUUGCGGUCAAAGAUUCUCUCAAAAGGCAAACUUAAAUCGUCACGCUAGUAUACACACCGGCGAGGAACGCGAAAAGCCUUUCUCCUGCUCGAUUUGCGGUCAAAAAUUUUCCGAAAAGGGAACCUUAAAAUCUCACUCGAGAGCGCACAACGGUGAGAAACCGUACUCCUGCUCAGUGUGCGGUCAAAGCUUUGCUCGGACUAGCCACGUAAAAAGUCACACGAGGACGCACACCGGUGAGAAACCGUUCUCCUGCUCAAUUUGUGGUCAGGGGUUCACCGAAAGGGCGAGCUUGAAGCGUCACUUGAGGACGCACACCGGUGAGAAACCUUUCCCCUGCUCAAUUUGCGGUCAGAACUUCUCGGAAAGGCCGGCUUUAGAGCGUCACACAAGAAAACACACUGGGGAGAAACCUUUCUCCUGCUCAGUUUGCGGUCAAAGAUUCCCUUGGCGGGAUGCGGCAACUAAGCACAAGUGUGUUGGCGCGAAAAGCAGUGACCAAUGA